UGUAAACCUCCACUUACAUACGGGAAAUGCAAUCACAUCCGGUAGGUGGUAAGGACUCAAAAUGGCCGAGGACGAGGACUGGCCUACGAAUCACCAGCUUGUGACGGUUAUUCCAGGGGGCCCCGACCAGCUUUAUGAUGACCCAGGUGAUGCAACUGAUGUCAAGUCUGAGCCAGCCAGUCCUGAAGAGGAUACAUCAAGGACACACUUUGAUUCCCCUGAUGAAGACACAGAUUUGACAGUUGCCAAAGAACAGAGGCGGUUUGCACACAGUGCAGCAGAGCAGAAAAGGAGGGAUGCCAUACGAAAAGGUUAUGAUGACCUACAGACAAUUGUGCCGACCUGUCAUCAACCUAACAAUGCAGCAGCUAUGCAGAAGCUGAGCAAGGCAAUCAUUCUGCAAAAAUCAAUUGAAUAUAUAGUGUACUUGCAUCAACAAAGAAAGAAACAAGAGGAGGAACUGGAAGCACUCAGGAAAGAAGUGAUGGCCUUAAAAAUUAUGAAGACAAAUUAUGAGCAAAUAGCCAAAGCACACCAGAAUCAGCCAGCACAGGGACAGAAAACAGUACCAGAUCAAGCCAAAUUUACUGUGUUCCGACAGAUCAUGGAACAGCAAUUCAUGACAUUUAAUGCCUCUGUCAAUGUAACAAAUUUUGAAGCCUUGUCAGCAUGUAUAUUCAGCUGGCUCGAAGAAUAUUGCAAACCUCAGUAUCUGCAAGAGAUUGUCGUCAAUGCUCUCAAAAGUUUGAACAGCCAAGGACUACUGCAGCAGUAAAUAUAUAUGAAGUGAACCCAAAAAUACCAGUGUGAGAAUAUUGGUCUGCUGGGACAUUGGUAGAAUUAAUCUAAGAUCUUGUGUGAUAAACUCUCCCUUUGAAGAAGGGAGUACCUUAAAACGCAGGCAAAAUGCAAAGGAAAGACCUAGGAGAUAUGAAGUUUAUUCUGUCAGGGGUAUAGUGCAGAAGUGUGUUGCUUACUCAGUUUGUUAACCAGCCAAAGGUAAUAUUAGAGCUGCACAGUAUUAUCUCUUGCAAUAUUGUCAGCAAAGAACAACUUCUACAGUCUUCCUGUUUAUC